AUGAUAGAGUCUCAAAAAAGCAUGAUGGCUGAAUUGACGCAGUUGUUCAAAAGGGGAAACGACAAAGGAAAAGACCCCGUGGUUAAUACAGAAGAAGAAAAUAAUGAUAGCUCUCUCUAUCCCCCAGGUUUCAUUCCACCUCAUGCGCAAACCCAAGCUGAGGUGCAACCACGCAGAUCAUCUGUUACUAUCAGGCCUCAGCAGUUUCAGAUUGGCGCCUCAAUGCCAGUAAAUUUCCAAACUGGAAUAGGUUCUCAUCUCGGAAAAGCCCCUACCAAUCCCAUAGUACCCGAUUUUGAUGAAAUGAUGGGAAAAGAGAAAACAAAGGAAGAACUGCCGAGCCGAUUGGAGGAAAGAUGUAGAUGGCUCGAAGAGAAAUUCAAAGCCAUGGAAAGUAGCGAGAAUUAUCAUGGGAUCGACGCAAAAGACUUGAGCUUAGUCCCGGAUUUGGUACUUCCCCACAAAUUUAAAAUGCCAGAAUUUGAGAAAUACAAUGGGACUAGUUGCCCAGAAACUCAUAUUACCAUGUUCUACAGACGUAUGACUGGGCACAUUAACAACGACCAAUUGCUUAUACAUUGCUUCCAAGAUAGCCUCGCAGGGGAAGCAUCUAGGUGGUACAAUCAAUUGAGUCGUGCCAAAAUCGGAUCAUGGAGGGACUUAGCACAAACAUUUAUAAAGCAAUACAGCCAUGUAGCCGAUAUGGUCCCUGAUAGAAUUACCCUCCAAAAUAUGGAAAAGAAGCCUAAUGAAAGUUUUAGGCAAUAUGCGCAAAAAUGGAGGGAAGUUGCCGUUCAAGUCCAACCACCACUCUUGGAGAAAGAGAUGUCUAUGCUCUUCAUCAACACAUUGAAGGCACCAUUUAUCACACAUAUGUUACGAAGCACCACGAAGAGCUUCUCCGACAUAGUUAUGAAUGGAGAGAUGAUUGAAAAUGCCAUCAGGAGUGGGAGGAUCGAGUCUGGAGAAAGUAACCAAAGAUCAGCUCUGAAAAAAAAGGAGAAUGAGGUGAAUAACGUGAGCACCUAUAACAAAGGUUACUCGAAAUCAAUCACUGUGAACCCACCAAGGAAGGUGGCUACUAAUCAGCAAGGUUCGUCAAGACAGGAAUCGGGCAAAAGGCAAAACAUCGAGAAACCCCAGUUUACGCCAAUUCCAAUGCCGUACCAGGAGUUAUGUCAAAAUCUGUUUGAUGCGCAUGUUGUCUCUCCUUGCUAUUUGAAACCUCUGCAACCUCCAUACCCCAAUUGCAUGGGUGUUGUCAAGUUCGAUGAUUCACCCAGUGGGGAAAAUCCAUUGCCUAACCACGCUGACAAUGGGGUGAACAUGAUAAGCGAAAAUAUAGGGAGGAAAAUCAAAACAGAUAUUGCAGAAGUAAAAACCCUACUGAAAUGGGUUUUUAAACAAAUGAUAAACAUGGGAUUAAUCAUUCAGAAUUUGGAGAGGAGACCAAGAGGGAUGAGGAGCUACUGUGAGUUCCAUGCCGAGAAGGGUCAUAAUAUCCAGGAAUGUACAGAAUUUAGGACCAUGGUACAAAAUCUGAUGAACAAUAAAGAGCUAGAAUUUUAUGAAGAGAUCAAAGGACUAGAAGAAGGAGAAGUUUACGCUUCGGAGGAGGGACCUACGGGAAAAGCCCAAAAUCACCCGGUGGUGAUUAUUUCAAGGCCAAGAAGCACAGGAUCUGGAAUACAACUGGCGCCAAGGGUCAUAAUCCAAAAACAUGUAGCCUUUCCUUAUAAGGAUAGCAAAAAGGUUCCUUGGAAUUAUGACUGCAACGUGACAAUCCCGGGAGAGGAGAACUUGGUAAACGCUUCAGAAGAGGGUAGUGAUGUAGGCUUCCAUACUCGUAGUGGAAAAUGCUAUGACCCAUCAAAUACAAAAGGGGAGCCUAUGAAAGGAAAAGCUUUAGCAGUUGAACAAGAUAAAACAAAGACGGCCAGAAUUGAAUCACAAGUUAACAAACCAGUGAUUGAAAAUGAGGCUAGAGAAUUCUUAAAAUUCUUGAAGCAUAGCGAGUACAACGUGGUGGAACAACUGCAUAAGCAACCGGCUCGUAUCUAAGUGCUUGAGCUACUUCUAAGUUCGGAGACACAUCGUAAUACGUUGAUAAAAGUGCUAAAUGAGACUUAUGUUGCUAACGAUAUCUCAAUGAACAAGUUGGAUCGCCUGGUUAAUAAUAUAAAUGCCGACAACUUCAUCUUCUUCAAUGAUGAUGAGAUCCCGCCAGGUGGUAUGGGAUCUACCAAAGCCUUGCACAUCACUGCCCGUUGCAAAGGGUGUACACUACCGGGGGUACUCAUUGACAAUGGAUCAGCACUGAAUGUUUUACCCCUGUCCACAUUAAACAGGCUACCUGUGGACAGUUCUUACAUGAAAUCAUGUCAAAAUAUUGUGAGAGCAUUUGAUGGCACUGAGAGAAAAGUAAUGGGAAGAAUCGAAAUACCUCUCUUGAUUGGUCCAAAUACAUACGAGGUGGACUUUUUGGUAAUGGAUAUUAAACCAUCUUACAAUUGCCUAUUGGGGAGGCCUUGGAUCCAUUCUGCAGGGGCUGUACCAUCGUCACUUCACCAAAAGUUGAAAUUAGUAAUAGAGGGUCGAUUGGUAACUAUAGAUGCAGAAGAAGACAUCAUUGCAUCAGUUACCAAUGACAUGCCAUAUAUAGAGGGGAGCAAAAUUCCAGAGCCUAAGAUAUCCAAAGCUACGUCAAUGAGUUUACAGCUAACAAUGAGAAAGGGAGCGUUGCCUGGAGAAAGACUUGGAAAAUACCUCCAGAGACGGGUCAAAGUACCGAUCUCGGUUAACAAACAGGACCGUUGUGGUUUGGGGUAUAAGCCUGACGCAAGGGAAAGGAAGAAAGAAUUAGAGAAAAAGCGAGAGAAAAGAAGAGCACGUUUGAGCGGGAUAGAAGCCAAGUGGGGACCGAUGACCUUUCCCCAUAUAUCUAAGACAUUUGUUUCAGGGGGAAUUGUUUACCCCGAAGGAAAGAAUGAAGUUACGGAAGGAAGGACUGGAAGGUUGGACAUCAAUGCUAUAUCUGAAGAGGAAAGGGUGGAACGAAAUUUAUCGGGUAUUUGCCCUUACGAACCUGGAAGUGUUCUGAACAACUGGACUGCAGAAGAGAUCCCUGUAACAUUUAGAACUAAUUCAGAGUCUUCAGAUAUCAAUGAUGUGAGCAAUUCUAUUACUGACUCAAAUGCCCUAUUUGAAAAAGAUAUGAAUACAGAUGACCUUCAGGAUUUUGAAGAUGACCAAGACAGCACCUUAUCUCCUGAUUUGCUAAGAAUGGUGGAGCAAGAAGAAAAACAAAUCUUACCUCAAAAAGAGUUAGUGGAGGUUGUAAGCUUGGGAGAGGGAAAAGAGGUAAAAAUUGGUGCUUGUAUCGCCAUAGAGAUAAGGCAAGAUCUUGUUGAGUUGCUUAAAGAGUUCAAGGAUGUCUUCGCGUGGUCUUACCAAGAUAUGCCUGGAUUAAGUACUGAUGUAGUAGUACACCGAUUGCCCAUAAAAGAAGAAUGUAGACCGGUUCAACAGAAGCUCCGAAGAAUGAGGCCUGAUGUCUUGUUGAAAAUAAAAGAGGAGGUUAAGAAGCAGUUCAACGCAGGAUUCUUACAAGUGGUGAAAUACUCAGAAUGGGUAGCUAAUAUAGUCCCAGUCCCUAAAAAAGAUCGGAAAGUUCGAAUGUGUGUAGACUAUAGGGAUUUGAACAAAGCUAGCCCAAAGGACAAUUUUCCAUUGCCGCAUAUUGACACUUUAGUAGAUAACACGGCAGGUUACUCACUUUUCUCCUUUAUGGACGGUUUCUCGGGAUACAAUCAGAUAAAAAUGCAUCCUGAAGACAUGGACAAGACUACCUUUGUAACCAUGUGGGACACAUUCUGUUACAAGGUAAUGCCAUUUGGAUUGAAGAAUGCGGGGGAAACAUACCAAAGAGCCAUGGUAACCUUAUUCCAUGACAUGAUGCAUAAAGAAAUAGAAGUAUAUGUAGAUGAUAUGAUUGCCAAAUCUAGAACAGCGGAAGAGCAUAUACAAGUCUUGAGAAAAUUGUUUAUACGGUUAAGGAAGUUCCAAUUAAAAAUUAACCUGACCAAAUGCACUUUUGGGGCAAGAUCUGGAAAGCUUCUAGAGUUCGUGGUCAGUGAAAGAGGGAUCGAGAUUGACCCAAACAAAGUCAAGGUCAUACAAGAUUUGCCUCCGCCACACAAUCAAAAAGAAGUUCGAGGUUUUCUGGGAAGACUGAACUACAUCGCCAGGUUCAUUUCACAGUUGACUGAUAAAUGCGACCCCAUUUUUCGUCUCCUUAAGAAACACAAUCGAGGUAUAUGGGACGAGGAGUGCCAAAAAGCUUUUGACAAGAUUAAGUAUUACUUAUCUAGCGCCCCAGUACUAAUUCCACCAUACCCAGGUAAGCCAUUGAUACUAUAUUUAGCGGUAUUCAAAAAUUCCAUGGGAUGCGUGUUGGGCCAACAUGAUGAGUCGGGAAAAAAAGAAAGAGCGAUAUACUAUCUCAGCAAAAAGUUCUAUGAAUGCGAGACAAGAUAUUCACCAAUCGAGAAGUUAUGUUGCACCUUGAUUUGGACAACUCGGAGAUUGAGGCAGUACAUGUUAUAUCAUACCACUUGGCUAAUCUCAAAACUAGACCCACUAAAAUAUAUGAUGGAAUCAACUGCUUUGAAUGGAAGAAUGGCCCGAUGGCAGAUCUUGCUUUCUAAAUUUGACAUACUCUACGUGAAUCAAAAGGCUAUAAAAGGGAGAGCAAUAGCAGAUUUUCUAGCUAGUAGAGCUCUAGAAGAUUAUGAGCCUUUGAACUUCGAUUUCCCAAAUGAAGAUAUAGUGUACGUGGCAACCACCGAAGAGGAUACUCAAGAGGGCCAUACUUGGAAAUUAAACUUCGACGGCGCCUCAAAUGCUGUAGGCAAUGGAAUCGGAGCAGUCUUGGUAUCUCCAAGCGGAGAUCAUUAUCCAGUGACUUGCAAAUUGGAUUUUGAUUGUACAAACAAUAUGGCCAAAUACGAAGCAUGUAUUAUGGGGAUUCGUGCAGCCAUAGAGCGUAAGAUUAAAGUGUUAAAGGUGUAUGGAGAUUCUGCAUUGGUAAUCUAUCAGCUCAAAGGAGAAUGGCAGACAAGGGAUCCCAAAUUGGUCAACUAUCGAAAAUUAGUUAUGGAACUAAUUAAAGAGUUUGAUGAUAUCACCUUCUGCUACCUUCCACGAGAGGAAAGUCAGAUGGCCGACGCUUUGGCUACAUUGGCUGCUAUGAUCAAAGUGAAUAAACAAGAAGAUAUGAAGCCAAUCCGAAUGAGCAUUUCUAAGGCUCCAGCCCACUGUUGCAAUAUUGAUGUAGAAGAAGAAAAGGACGAUCACCCCUGGUAUCAAGAUAUGCUACGAUACGUGAAGAAUAGUGAAUACCCGGACCGGGCGACAGAGAAUGAUAAAAGAGCGUUAAGAAGGAUGGCUAGUAACUACGUCUUAGAUGGAGAGAUCCUGUAUAAAAGGGGCAAGGAUCAGGUGUUACUGUGAUGCGUAGACUCUGUUGAGGCCAAACAAAUUUUGGAAGAGGUCCAUAAUGGUGUCUGUGGAACAUACGCCAAUGGUUUCACGAUGGCUAGGCAAAUCAUGAGAUUUGGAUAUUACUGGUCUACCAUGGAAGGGGACUGCAUCAAAUAUGCCAAGAAAUGCCACAAGUGCCAAAUUUACGGAGACAAAAUUCAUGUACCUCCCUCACUUCUCCAUGUCAUGACUUCCCCAUGGCCCUUUUCCAUGUGGGGUAUGGACGUCAUUGGGCCAAUAUCGCCAAGAGCUUCAAAUGGGCAUCGAUUCAUCUUUGUAGUAACUGAUUACUUUACUAAAUGGGUGGAAGCCGCUUCAUAUGCUAAUGUCACAAAGGCAGCGGUCAGUAGGUUCUUAAAGAAGGAGAUCAUAUGUCGAUAUGGAAUGCCAGAAAGGAUAAUAUCAGACAACGCGCUAAAUUUGAACAACAGUACGAUAGCGGAGAUCUGUAGCCAGUUCAAUAUCAAGCACCACAACUCAUCGCCAUACCGACCAAAAAUGAAUGGUGCAGUGGAAGCAGCUAAUAAGAACAUCAAGAAGAUUGUGGGGAAGAUGACUGAGACUUAUAGGGAUUGGCAUGAUAAGCUCCCAUUUGCUCUUUUUGCUUAUAGAAUGUCUAUUAGAACCUCCACAGGGGCAACGCCUUUCUCAUUGGUCUAUGGAAUGGAGGCAGUUUUACCCAUCGAAGUAGAGAUUCCUUCCCUUCGGGUCUUGUCAGAGUUAAAGUUGGACGAAGCAGAAUGGGUCCAAUCUCGAUAUGACCAGCUGAAUCUUGUCGAAGAAAAAAGGCUAAGAGCUAUUCGCCAUAGUCAAAUGUACCAAAAGCGAAUGAUGCGAGCUUACAAUAAGAAAGUUAGUCCCAGGGAGUUCCACGAAGGGGAUUUGGUACUGAAGAAGAUCCUUCCCAUACAAAAAGACUUUAGAGGAAAGUGGAUGCGAAAUUGGGAAGGACCAUACGUGGUAAGGAAGGCCUUCUCUGGAGGAGCACUGAUAUUAACUGAAAUGGAUGGAAAGACUUUGCCUAAUCCAGUAAAUUCAGAUUCAGUGAAGAAGUACUUCGCUUAA